AUGGCCAACGUCAUUCGCCGAUUCAUCUCCUACGUUGGCAAGGUCAAAUUGGGCGACUUCAAAGAUCCGUCCCUCCUGAAGCAAGUCCAUAAGUAUUGCAAUGACCAGGAGACUCGCGAUCCACGUAUCAAGCAAGCAUCGAUCCAGGGCACUGAGCUGCAUCAGUCUCACAAAGAUCCAAAUGACCCAAAGAAGGUCAUCUCCAUCAAGUUCCUGGAUGAAGAGGGAAAGAGAGUGGGAACGGGACAUCUCCACGAGGAUGGGACCUCAACCUUUCGUCACAAGCAAAAGCCGCCACCUUCUGAUCCAUCGCCGGGGGACUCCAAGUGA